AUGGCUGCUUUCUUUCUGACUGGCCUGGUUGAUGACAGCGUUGACAACGAAGACAGUGUUUCUGAGGAGUUUCACACACCGCAGAAGGGUCCAGGUGCCCAGCUGCCUGUGGACAGCCCGCAAUCUCAGGCCAACCAGAAGGGGAAAAAGAGCAGCAACAGGAAGCCCAGAGGCAAAGACAAGACCCUGCGUGCACGCAGGGGCACCGGGGAGUCUUUUGCUGGACGGCACUCACCCAAGCACGGCGUGAAGGCUCGACUCUUCCAUAGCAUCAAGGACACCUACUGGCUUUUGCGGUCGGAGUUUCCAGACAAACAGCUUCAACAGGCUGAUUUCUGGAAGUUGGUUCAGGACUUGGUCAGGAAGGAGAAGGAGUUCCUGUUGGCGAAUCCAAAAGCAGGCCCGGCAUCGGAUCCAGAAGACAUAGUGGCACGAGCUGGGGCAAUGACCCGGCAGCGGCUGAGUAGCAUCUAG